GUUAACACCAGAAACAACAUUAAAACUUUGUUAAGAUCAACAGUGUGUUUAUAAAUCUUUACUCAUAUCGCAUAAAUAAAUUUAUCUUAAAAAUAGGUAUUUAAGAAAGAGUUACAUACUAGGAUAUUUUUGUAGCAAGUUUUCUCAGACGUGGAAUGAAGUAAAAGAGAGGUUUUACCAUAUACCUGAACAGAACAGACUUUUGUUUGCACAAAUCGUCUGAAAUAUAAUCCUUCCCGCUAAGAACAAAAUGGAAUAUCUGUUGGAGUUGUGAAAUGAUUGUUUUGACAACUCUUCAAUGUCUUAUAAUAGAUUGUCAAUAGAAUGAAGGAUGUAUAUUCGUCCAUAUGAAGAGUAUUUUAUGGGGUUUGAUAAUUAUGUGGUACAUAGAUACAUUCUGUUAAUAGUACCACCGAUUUUGCUGAUCAUUGGAAGUGUUGGUAACAUUCUUUCAUUUUGCAUAUUGUUUAAGAAUACAAACAAAGCAUCCACUUAUACAUUUCUUAGUGCGUUGGCAUUGGCGGAUUUAUUAGUUCUGUAUGUCGGAUUAUUAAGAAUUUGGAUAGGACAAUUCAUGACAGACAUAUUAGAUACAAACAAUAUAGUCUGUAAAGCUGGAAUAUUCUUAGGCUAUGUGUGCAGUGAUAUUUCUGUGUGGCUUAUUGUAGCAGUUACUGUGGAAAGAUUUAUAGUUGUUAUGUUUCCAAUGAAAGCCCCAAGACUGUGCAAUACAAGGAAUGCCCGAAUAACGAUUAUUUUUAUUAUAUUUGUUUUCAUAGCUGUAAAUACCCAUUUCAUUUGGACCGUAGAGUUACACAAUUAUUAUUUUGAUACAAUUGUGAUCUCAAAAUGUGAAGCUAAAAUGGUCUACACUAACUUAGUUGAAGUGUUAUGGCCAUGGGUCGAUGCAGGAAUUUAUUCGUUUGUGCCUUUUCUUGUGAUUAUGAUUCUAAAUAGUUUUAUAAUUAUCAACAUAAUUUCUGCUCAGCAAACACGUUUUGUAUUGCGACAACAGACGUCUUUGCAGGCAGGAAAACAUGUACAAAAUCAAAACAGAAAGCAAGCAGAGUCAAGUAAAAGAAUAACAGUUAUGCUAUUACUUGUUUCAUUUACAUUUUUAAUAACGACUUUACCGAUGAAUUUAGUUCUGAUUUUUACAUCAUUUUCGAAUGAACGGGACAAUGAUGACGAUAAAGUAUUUGCAAAAUGGAAAUUAGUUAGUUCUUGCACAGAAAUGUUAAUGUACGUUAAUCAUUGUAUCAACUUCUUCCUAUAUUGCAUAACAGGCAAAAAGUUCAGGGACCAGUUUAAAAGACUUAUUUUAAGGUCGUGUAUGUCAACAUUCUCUGAAAUUGUAAGAGGGAGUUCGCAGAGAUUUUCUUCAACAAGUUUUAAAACAACAAAGACUGUUUUUGUUGAUAAGGAAAUUAUGAACGGAAAUGGUGAUCGAGUGUAGAAGAAAUACGGCGCAUUGUAUUUAUUGUCAUAAACAAAUUUUUGAAAAUAUGUAUCAUAUCCUCUGUCUUGUUUAAUUUAUUUAUUUGAUAAUUUUAUAUACCACACGUAUUUUGUUCACCAAUUAUAACAUUGUCUUAAACCCUGGCUUAGAUGAUGUAUCUCUGUUAUGGAUGGCAUCAAUAUAUUUUACGACGUUUUGGUAAAUAAGUAUUAGCCUGUCAAUAAUAUUUCCAGUACUUAAUGCCUCGGAAUUUACUUAUUUGCAUUGACGUUUUGUUCAGCUCUUUCUUUACUUUAAGCCAAUACCAUGAUUCCCAUGACAUUUCCUUCCAAGAAUAAGAACUCCUCUUACUCGCAUGUUACGUCAAUAAAUAAGUUAGUUUCUCAUUCCCUGAGCGUGGUUCUUGUACAGGCAGACCUGAUCAUUCAGACGAAUAA